UGAGCUGAUGCAGCGGUUGCUUGGCUUUCACCAAGCGGGAAGUUGUUGCGCGAUGGCGGCGGGGCGGGUGGAAGCUGCUGAGAUGACAGUUAAAGCGGCUGAAAGUGGUGUGGUUGACGUAUCAGAGAUGGGAUUGCAGCAUUUUGAUACAGAUUCUCUUUGCUCAGCAAAUAUUUUCACCCUGAUUUUGGACAAGAAUCAAUUAACUAAAUUGGAAAAUGUGGAGAAAUGCAGCAAUUUAGUGCAAUUAUCUGCAGCCAACAAUCGUCUAGUCCGGAUGAUUGGUGUAGCAAAGCUUGUCAAUUUGCGAGUUUUAAAUUUGCCUAACAACAGCAUCGGGAAUAUUGAAGGCCUCAAGGACCUAAUCCAUCUAGAAUGGCUCAAUUUAGCUGGGAACAACAUCAAGACUGUGGAAGCCGUUAAUGGCUGCUUAUCUCUUCGACAUUUGGAUUUAUCAGACAACAACAUUGCACUGAUAGGUGAUCUAUCAAAACUUCUGUCUCUAAAGAUACUUCUGUUGCAUGGAAAUACUAUCACUACACUCCGUUCUGCUUCCGGUCACCUUCCUCCAGAAUUAAACAUUCUAUCCCUUGCAGAGAACGAAAUAAGAGAUCUGAAUGAGGUUUCCUAUCUGGGGUUCCUUCGCGAAUUGGAGCAGCUAUCAAUCAUGAACAAUCCUUGUGUAAUGGCAACACCCUCCCUUCCUGGAUUUGAUUACAGACCAUAUAUUGUCAGUUGGUGUUUAACCCUACGGAUUCUAGAUGGCUAUGUAAUCUCACAGAAAGAAAGCCUCAAAGCAGAGUGGCUAUAUAGUCAAGGGAAAGGUCGAUCAUUUCGACCUGCCCAACACGUGCAGCUGGUCCAAUAUUUGGCUUCAGUUUGUCCUCUCACAUCAACUCCAGCACUUCAAUCUGCAGAGGAUGCGAAACUUGAAAAAAUCCUAAAUAAGCAGAGGCUUCACCAACUAGAACUGAUGGAAAAGUUCCAGAAGACAAGCCAUAUUCGACAUUCAAGUCCCAAUUUAGAGCUAUCAUUUCAAAAUGAAUAUAACAGCAAGCACGAAGGUCAUGCUAUCCAGAAUGCAAAAGAGCCUGUACUUCGCAUUAACUCAUGGGUUGCAGUGAGUGGCCAUGGACAGCAGUCCAAAGCAGUGAACCAGCUCUCACCGAUCCGUAGAGAGGUGUCGGGAUGUUGUCACGAUGAGCUCUUCUUGGAGGAUAUCCAGACUGAUGAAGAUAAAUUGAACAGCAGCCUUUUGUCUUCUGAAUCCACAUUCAUGCCUGUUACCACUGCAACGUCGCCUCUUUCACCUUCCCGUCAUCUAAGGCUUCCUGCAGAUAGUCUGACUGCAGAAGGUGAUGCCUGCACACUACUGCAUUUGGAAACUGGAGUAAAAUGUGAAGAUAGUGAUGAUCAAAAAUACCUGAAGGCAACAAGGGAAGCAGAAGAUUAUGAAGCAUGGGUGGAAAGAUCUUGCGAGAGAAGUAAGGAAGAGAGUGUCAGCAAGGUGUUACCUGCAUCCUUUCCAGUGCAAACUUGUGUUACCUUCACUUCAAGCAAAAGCACAAACUCAAUGUCAGCCCAAUUAACAAAGGAGCACUGUUUUCCAGACGACAAUUUAUUGAGUCAGGCACAAAUAGAGGAUAUGGAAGAUGACUCAACGCCAGAUAGACCUGAUAUAUGUAAACCAUUUGAAGAAAGCCCAGAAUAUAUGAAUAAAGCAGCUGUAAAGAUUCAAGCUUGCUGGCGUGGAUUCUACACUAGGAACUGGAAUCCAAAGGCAAAAGAGAUGCGUUGUGAAAUCCGACUACGUAGGAUGCAGGAACAUGUGGAAUACUUAAAUAAAGAAGUAAUCAGAUGGAGGAAACAAUGUGAAGAAGAACGUAUUCAAAGAAUGGUACAAGAAGAAGCUGUAAAGUUCUUAUGGAAAGCGGUUCAGCACCUUCAGGAAUGGCAGGUGUCCACGACCCAUAAAGAAAAUGAACUACUGCUUGCGAAUGCUACAAAAGAACCCAUACUUCUGCAGCCUAACGUUAUUCAUCCUUCUGCGCACACAUCCUUGAAUAACCAUAAAAGCCUCCCUUCCAGACCAAAUGCUCACUCAGAGGUCUCACUGCAAGCAUUUCCAGAUUCUGGCUUUCACUCUUCAGACAUCACCCACAAUUGUUUACAAGAUUCUCAGAAUUUUUGUAAGAGUUCCUCAGAUGAGAGUAUGAGCACAGUUUUAGAAGCCACAUGUGAGCUUAAAAAAAUCGACACCAAGUGUUUUAAGAAUGAUCCUGCCGAGCAAGAAAUCCAAGAAUCCGUCCACACAAAAUGGAAUAAGGAGAACUCCAAUGGCGAACAGGACAGCAGCCUUAUACAGCAGUAUCUCAAUUCUGUAAGGCAGCUGGAGGCUGCAGAGGAUGAAUCCAAUUUUAGCGGGAGAACAGAGUGUAAUAGUCAAAAUGAUGUUCAUGAUUCCCUUUGUGGUUCUCCAAUGGAAAUGCCUGAAGAUGACUGCACUGGAAUUCCAGAUUCCUUAUGUCAAGCAGAAGAAUGUGUCAGUGAUGGACAAGAUAAAGACAUCGAGUGAAUCGUUGACAUUAUGAGUUGAUGGCGAUAACUGAAACUGAUCAUGUAAGAGCAAUGCUAAUAAGCCCAGAAUAUUUAUGUGAAAGCAAUACUAAGAAGGCCUAAAUUGUCUAAAGUGCAGGAAAAAUAUCGGAUUCAAUGCUUGUUCUUCCAAAGAAACCUAUUCCAAAUUGUUAUUGUGCUAAUUAAAUUUGUUAGUUUAGUUUUAUCUGUUGGCAUUCCACAGCAUUGAUUUGUAUUCAAGGUCCACUUUUUAGACUUUCUUUGUUGAUUAUUAUUUUUUCUGACAAGUAUUCUCCAUUCUCUUCUGGACUUCCAGUUAUCUAUAAUUUGUGGUUCAAAGUAUGAAUGUGCAAUUCUACAUCUCUCAUUUCAGCAUGAGCACGAUCAAGAUUAUUAACUUUUUGCAUCUUAUUUGGAAGGGGCAAAAUUGUAUUGUGUUCUAUGACAAAACGUUGUAUAAAAGCUUCAUUAUUUAUUUUGACAUGUUGCGUGGAAUGAUGAUCUGAUCUUAAGAGUCCAGGUCUAUGUUAUUAAACCUAUAUGUAACUAUGUCUGAAAAAAUAUGAUUACUUCCCUUUAUUUGAGUAAUUUAUUUUAUUUACCAAAAAUGCAAGUGCAAAUGUAUAUACUUGUAAAAUUAGGAUCAGUGAUAAAUGCAUAAAGAUCUUCCUUAUUAACAUAUUUAUUUAAAGUCAUGGUAAAUAAUUGAACACUAAAAUAUAUUUAAGUUUGCUCAGAAAAAAAUGUACGUUUAUAAUAGCAGUUUCGAAAUAACAAAAUCCAGACACUUCUCAAGUGAUCAAUUUUAUUUUAUUUAUGGUUCUGUGUAUUUUCAGUGGCAACUCUUGCUGUUUAUCAUGCAAGAUACAAUAUUUCUGGCCCAUACUUUGUUUUAUUUUAUUAAAUGAAGAGCUCUCAUCAGGGAAGUUAAAUGGCAAGGGUGCAAACUUCAUCAUUAAUACUGUCUUGCCAUCAUGAAUGGCUAACUGUACAAGGGGGUAGAAGUUGAGAUAAUCCUACAAAUUUAGUAUAUAAUCGUCAUAGAAUGAACAAAAGUUGUGGAUACAUCCCAAUACAUUAUACAUUAAGUAUUCUAAAUUUUCCACAUGGAAGUUUCAUGGUGCCUUCACCAUUCUAACCUGAAGGGAUUUAAGUCAGUCAAAAUUGUUUAUUCUUGGAUAAAAAGCAUUAUGCUCAGAUGUGUACAGAAGUGAAAAUGCAAAAGACUUCCCCUUAAAGGGACACAGAUUUAAAAUGUUAUGUCAAACAUACAAGCAGGAAUAAAGAUAUUUGAAUUCUGAGAGUUUCUGAGCACUUCAAACAUCUUUUUUUGCAAUGUUUUUUGUGAAAAUUAUUAUUUUGUUUCUUUUUCAAACAUUGCAUCCCUGUAGGAUCAAUGAUACUUUGAUCAAUAAAGCAUACCAUUAUUGAA